AUGCUAAUUCUUUGCUUUCAAUGGCAGGUGGUGCUAGAAGUAAACAGUGAAUUUAUUGUUGAGGUGAAAGAAUUAGACAUAGAAAAUGGCACUACAACGUGGCAGACCGUCAGAAGACAGAAGCGGGAGUGGAUCAAGUUUGCUGCAGCCUGCCGGGAAGGGGAGGACAACUCCAAGAGGAACCCAAUCGCCAGAAUUCGAUCAGACUGUGAAGUGAACCAGAAGAUUACAUACCGAAUCUCUGGACCAGGGAUUGAUCGACCCCCUUAUGGAGUGUUCACCAUCAACCCGAGGACUGGAGAAAUUAACAUCACCUCAGUGGUGGACAGAGAGAUAACCCCACUUUUCCUGAUCUAUUGUCGAGCUCUAAACUCCAGGGGAGAAGAUUUAGAGAGACCUCUGGAGCUCAGAGUCAAAGUCAUGGAUGUGAAUGAUAACCCCCCAGUCUUUACACAGAAUGUGUACACAGCCAGCAUCGAAGAAAACAGUGACGCCAAUGCACUGGUGGUAAAGCUAAGUGCCACCGACGCAGACGAAGACAACCACCUGAAUUCUAAAAUUGCGUACAAGAUCAUCUCUCAGGAGCCUGCAGGUGCACCCAUGUUCAUGGUCAACAGAUACACUGGAGAAGUCCGCACGAUGUCCAAUUUCCUUGACAGAGAGCAACAUAGUAUGUACAGCCUACUUGUGAGGGGCUCAGAUCGGGACGGAGCCACGGAUGGGCUAUCCUCUGAGUGUGACUGCAGAAUCAAGGUUUUAGACGUCAAUGAUAAUUUCCCCAUCUUAGAGAAAACUUCAUACUCAGCAAGUAUUGAAGAGAACUGUUUGAGUUCAGAACUGAUACGGUUACAGGCAAUUGAUCUUGAUGAAGAAGGCACUGAUAACUGGUUGGCAAAAUACUUGAUCCUCUCGGGAAAUGAUGGAAACUGGUUUGACAUUCAAACAGAUCCACAAACCAAUGAAGGAAUUUUGAAAGUCAUCAAGAUGCUGGAUUAUGAACAGAAGCCCAACAUUCACCUCAGUAUCGGAGUCAAAAAUCAAGCUGAUUUUCACCAUUCAGUUGCUUCUCAAUUCCAAAUGCACUCAACCCCUGUGAGAAUUCAGGUAGUUAACGUAAGAGAAGGACCCACCUUCCACCCGAGCUCCAGGACUUUUAACAUAGGAGAAGGGAGCAGAGGAAGCUCCUUAAUGAAUUACGUGCUUGGCACAUACACAGCCGUAGACAUGGACACGGGGAACACGGCCACGAAUGUCAGGUACAUCAUAGGGCAUGAUGCUGGCAGCUGGUUAAAAGUUGAUUCGAGGACUGGUGAGAUACAGUUUUCUAGGGAAUUUGAUAAAAAGUCAAAAUAUAUUACCAAUGGGAUAUAUAUAGCAGAAAUCCUGGCUAUAGAUGAUGGCUCUGGAAAAACGGCUACAGGAACCAUCUGCAUUGAGGUUCCUGAUGCCAACGACUACUGCCCAGUCGUCUACGCGGACAGAAGAAGCCUCUGCACCGACGCUCCGUCCGUCCUCAUCUACGUCAGCGACCACUCCUUUGGGGCUCCCUUCACCUUCUGUGUCGUUGACCAGCCACCAGGAACAGCUGACAUAUGGAGCAUCAGGUCCAUCAACCAGACCGCUGCUCUCCUUAUGACUGAGCAGGUGCUGUCCCCAGGACUUCAGCAAAUCCCCAUCAUAGUGAAGGACAGCCACAACAGAGCCUGCGAACUGCCACAGAUUGUGCUGCUAGACGCCUGCCUCUGUGAUGACAACCGCAUGUGCUUGCACUCGACCACCACGGGCAUCUACACCGGCGACAUCAGCUCUGUGACGCAUGACGUAUAUGGGACUGUCACCGAUGACCCGGUCAGGCAGUCAAACGUUAGGCUCGGACCGGCUGCAAUCGGCAUGAUUGUCCUCGGCCUCUUACUGCUGCUUUUGUCACCCCUCUUACUGCUCAUGUGCUGCUGCAAACGAAGACAGCCGGAAGGCCUGGGGACGAGGUUUGCUCCUGUGCCCGAGGGGGGAGAAGGAGUGAUACAGUCCUGGCGAAUAGAAGGCGCUCAUCCCGAGGACAGGGAUGUAUCAAAUAUAUGUGUACCAAUGACAGCCUCCAACACCCAAGACCGCAUCGAUUCUUCUGAAAUCUAUACCAACACCUAUGCAGGUGGAGGAACAGUGGAAGGGGGUGUUUCGGGAGUGGAGCUCAAUACAGGCGCUGGGACAGCCGCAGGCCUGGCAGCUGCGGGAGCAGCAGGCACCUUGAGGAAGAGGAGCUCCACCAUGGGGACACUACGGGAAUAUCCAGACAGCGGCAUGAACAUGGCCUUCCUGGACAGCUACUUCUCAGAGAAAGCAUAUGCAUACGCAGACGAAGAUGAAGGCCGCCCAGCCAAUGACUGCUUGCUCAUUUAUGACCACGAGGGAGUGGGGUCUCCCGUGGGCUCAAUUGGCUGCUGCAGCUGGAUUGUGGAUGAUUUAGACGAAAGCUACAUGGAAACUUUAGAUCCGAAAUUCAGGACCCUUGCCGAGAUCUGUUUAGACACAGAGAUCGAGCCAUUUCCUUCACACCAGGCCUGCAUACCAAUCCGUACUGACCUCCCUUUGCUGGGGCCAAAUUACUUUGUCAAUGACUCUUCAGGAAUGACUCUCUCGGAGGCUGAAUUCCAAGCAGAAAUGGCAGCACCUGAACCCGUGAUUCACGGGGAUAUCAUAGUGACGGAGACCUACUCCACCACUGAGCCAUGUGUGCAGCCCACUACACUCGUUUUCGAUUCCCAGCUUCCACCCAAUGUGGUAGUAACAGAAACAGUCAUGGCACCCGUCUAUGACGUUCAAGGGAAUAUUUGUGUACCUGCUGAGAUAGCCAGCACACACAAUGUGUACUAUGCUGAGAGAGUGGUAUCCAGCCCCGGUAUGCCUGACGUGAACACCAGUAACAUGACAGAUGCUUGUAUGGGCCCUGUGAUGGCUGGUGGUAUUUUGGUAGGGCCAGAAAUUCAAGUAACACAAAUGGUGAGUCCAGACAUUCACAUAAGCCAAACCAUUGGCUCUACCUCUCCAAUGACAUCUCGACAAAGAAUAACACGAUACAGUAACAUACACUAUUCCCAACAGUAA